AUGGCCCCCAAGAGAACCCGCAAAGUCCCGCAGCAGCAAACCAGCAGCAGCAAACUCGACACUCCCUCCCCCCUCGCCAAACCCAGCAAGAUGAGCUCCCAAGAACGCGACCAGCAGCAGCAGCUGCAGCAGCAGCAGCAGCAAAUGCAGAAGCUCCAGCAGCAGCAGCAGCAGCAGCUACUGCAGCAGCAGCAGCAGGCUGAAAAGGAAGCUAUGGAUACACCCCAAAAACCCCAACAGCAAGAACAAGCCACAAGAGAAACCACACCGGAGGAAAAGGAAGAAGACAGCCUUGUAUCUCAGCAGCAGCAGCAGCAGCAGCAACUGCAGCAACAACAGCAACAACAGCAACAACAACAGCUGCUUCAGCAGGCGUCGCAGGAGCAGCGACAGCAGCAGCGGCUGCAGGACGAGCAAGAGCAGCAGCUGCAGCGCCAACAAGAGCAACAGCAGCAGCACCAAAUGCAGCAAGAGCAGCAGCAGCGCCAGCAGCAGCAACAGCAGCAGCAGCAGCUGCAGCUGCGCUCUGCUGCACCUCAAAGGGUGUCUGUACACUGGAAGCAAGACGUGGUCGACAAGCUUCGGCUGCCUGGCCCCACGCUGACGCUGGCGCAGUUCCUGCAGGCCUUCGAAGACAGCAGCAGCGGCAGCAGCAGCAGCUUGUGCUGCUCUGUCUUUGAGCAGCUAAAAAGCGAAGGUCUUGCUGCUGCUCCUGACACAAUUGCCAUGCCAACUUUGCUGCAGCUGCUGCAGCAGCUGCACGAAACAGAUAUUAAACUCAUCGUAGGCCUCACGCGGCAGCUCGUCAGCCACCUCAGGGGUAAGAGCAGCAGCAGCAGCAGCAGCAGCAGCAGAUGCAGCAACAGCAGCAGCAGCAGAGCCAGACUGAGCAGUAGAAGCACAGCAGUAGAACACUCGCUAAGACACACACUGCAGCAGCAGCCGCAGCAGUCACAGCAGCAGCCUCAGCAGUCACAGCAGCAGCAGCAGCAGCAGCCGCAGCAACAGCAGCAGCAGCAGCAGCAGCAAAUGCUGCAACUGUUUCCAAUUGUUUUGCUGCAGACAUCGACAGCAACUUGA